CAAUUGAAGAACCACACGGAGAUGCAGCAGCAGAAGGGAUCGGAGAUGGCCGAGUCGAAGAACCACACGGCGCAUAACCAGUCGUACAAGGCGCACAGGAACGGCAUCAAGAAGCCCAAGCGCCAGCGCCAGGCCUCCACCAAGGGGAUGGACCCGAAGUUCCCGAUGAACCCAAGGUACUAG